UCCUGCUAUGCCAGUGUCAUCGUCCAAAUAAUAGAACAUCAACAGAAACUUAUUUAAUUCAACUUUCUCCUAUUUACUAAAGCUAUCUCGCGAGCAUCAUUGAAUGGAAGGAAGGCGAAUUUUAAUGAUAAGACUCUCCUACUGUGUUCCAUCACUGACACUAUACGUCUUCGUUUUAGUGGCUCUAAUAAAGGAGAGAAGAUCAGUUGCAUUUUCAGCAAAAUAUUUCUAUUCCCUGCUCAUUGCGCAAGCAAUAUUCAAUAUAUCGACGUUUAUGAAUUUUUUCUACAUAAACCUAGCUGGAAGCAUUAGUAUCAAAAGUUGGUUGAGCGUACUCUACAUAAAUGUUCCAACGUUUAUUAUAACAGUGGCCAGUACUAUCACUUUCCACGCAGUGUUUGUGCAAACAUACAUGACUUUCUUCGUAUCUCUACAUCGAAUGACGCUCAUCACACAUCCGACUGCACAUUGGAAGUAUUUGCUUUCUGCAAGUAUUUUGAUAACCUUGCUCACUCCUCUGAUAUCUACAUAUAAGCUGAUCAUCGGAGAAUGUUACUUUGCGGUGAAUACUGCCACGGAGUCUUUGGUCUUAACCUUGGACCGCAACGUAGUGCAGGUCGUCAUGAAAGAACUCAAAGCAGAGAGAAAUAUGCUCAUAUUAGCCAUUCUUGAUUUCUUUGUGGAAUCGGUGGUCUUUGGUUUGUAUGCUGUGAUGUUUUACAACCUUACAUCAUUUGCACUUUUAUCCAUACUGAUCCCUCACUCCUUGGAUAUCCUCAUCUUCUCAAACGCAUAUUUGCUUAUGAUCUUGAACAAACGGAUUCGACAUCGCGUUUUUGGUUUUAUGAAUUGUUCAGGAACAUUGCAAAACAAUGUUGCAGCUCAGUCAUCUACUGCGUGCAAUUUCCGAGGAGUGCAUAUCACCCAUUACUAACUCCGCUCAUGAGCCAAACGUCGCUCUAAGCUGUCUAGAAUGAGACGCUUACUGUAUAUAUUUCAAACAAAAGAUGCUGUACUUUGUUACAAAGCUUGUAAUAUACUUUCUCGACUUUAUCGAAUAACUGC